AUGGAUAAGCUUGUUAUUGAAUUGCCAUUGGUUGAUGCAGUUAAGACUUCUCCAAUGCUUAGGAGAUAUGUCAAGAGAAUGGUAACCAAGGAUUUGAAUGCUGAGAAAGGAGUGAUGAUGAUUUCAGCUCAAGUCAGUGCCAUCAUUCAGAACAAGAUCCCAGAAAAGCUUCCUGAUCCAGGUAGUUUUGUUCUUGAUUGUACAAUCUUCAAUGAGAGGUUUGCUAGAUAUUUGUGUGAUCUUGGUUCCAGUGUCAACUUAAUGCCUAGAUCAGUAGCACUCAGCCUUGGGAUGACAGAUUUCCAACCCACCAAGAUUACUCUUAUACUUGCUGACCGUUCAUUCCGCAUUCCUGAUGGUAUUCUUGAAGAUUAUGAAGAAGAGCCUAAGGAUCCUCUAAUCUUGGGAAGAUCAUUCUUAGCCACUGCUGGUGCUAUUAUUGAUGUCAAGAAAGGACAGAUUGGCCUUAAUGUUGGAGACUUGCAGAUGCGUUUUGACAUAAAUAAGCUGGUUAAGAGGCUAACUAUAGAUGGUCAAACUUUUUAUGUGGAUACAUUGUCUAAUCUUGCUGAAGAGAUUUUUAAGGAGCUGCAUCCUGAAGAUCCUCUUGAGAGAGCAUUGGUUGCUUCUACUGAAGAAGCUGAGCAUUUAGAUGACAUUGCUGCUGGUACUUCUUCACAAGCUGAGAAACUAUCAGAUUGGAGCCUUGAGAAAGCUCCAAAGUUGGAUCUCAAGCCACUUCCUGCAGGUUUAAGGAAUUUCUCUGGACAUGUGCAUGCAUAG